AUGGUGCGCUGCGGGUGCGCCUUGUACAGGAAGUAUGGAAAAUUCAUUGAUAACCUUAGACUCUUCGCCAGGGGAGGAAGUGGUGGAAUGGGUUUCCCUCGCUUAGGUGGAGAAGGUGGGAAAGGUGGUGACGUCUGGGUUGUAGCCCACAAAAAAAUGACUUUAAAACAACUUAAAGAGAAAUAUCCUCAGAAACGGUUUGUGGCUGGAGAAGGAGCAAACAGUCGUGUUAGUGCACUGAAAGGCUCCAAAGGAAAAGAUUGUGAAAUUCCUGCACCUGUGGGUAUUUCAGUAACUGAUGAAAACGGUAAAAUUAUAGGAGAACUCAAUAAAGAACAAGACAGAAUUUUGGUAGCUGAAGGAGGACUUGGUGGUAAAUUCCUUACAAAUUUCUUACCAUUGAAAGGUCAGAGACGAAUAAUUCAUCUUGAUCUAAAACUUAUAGCUGAUGUAGGUCUAGUGGGAUUCCCAAAUGCUGGAAAAUCCUCUUUGCUAAGUAAAAUUUCUCAUGCAAAACCUGCAGUUGCAGAUUAUGCAUUUACAACAUUACAGCCUGAACUUGGAAAAAUCAUGUAUAAAGAUUUCAAACAGAUAUUGGUAGCUGAUCUUCCUGGUUUAAUAGAAGGAGCACAUGAGAACAAAGGAAUGGGCUACAAAUUCCUCAAGCAUGUAGAAAGAACGAAACAACUGCUUUUUGUUGUUGAUGUUUCUGGAUUUCAACUUUCUUCUCAAACUCCAUACAGAACUGCCUUUGAAACUGUAUUACUGCUUACAAAAGAGUUGGAGUUGUACAAUGAGGAACUUCAAGGAAAACCUGCACUUCUGGCAGUAAAUAAAAUGGACUUGCCAGAUGCCCAAAAUAAAUUCCAUGAACUGAUGAACCAACUCCAAAAUCCUAAAGAUUUUCUGCAUUUGUUUCAAGAUAAGAUGACUCCAAAGAGGACAAUGGAGUUCGAACAUAUCAUCCCCAUCUCUGCAAUUACAGGAGAAGGAAUUGACGAAUUAAAGAACUGCAUAAGGAAAUCUCUGGAUGAACAUGCAGACCAGGAAAAUGAUGCAUUUCAUAAGAAACAGUUGCUUAAUUUACAGAUUUCUAAUACAGUAUCUCAUAGUGAGCCACUAUCAAGAAAUGCCAGAAUGGAUACAAUUUAA